AUGCCUGGUGUGGGCAAGACUUAUUUGGUAGAGCAAAUCGCAGACCAGGUUAAGUUUGAAAAGUUGUUUGAUGAAGUUGCCAAAGCAAAUUUGUCUCAGAAUCCCAACACAAGAACUAUUCAAGACCAACUUGCUGAGCAGUUAGGAUUGAAAAUUUCUGAGAAAACUGAUCGUGCGAGAGCUGAACGAAUGUAUACGAGAUUAAGCAAUGGUGAUAAGAGAAUUCUUGUUAUACUGGAUGAUGUUCGGGAAGAAGUUGACUUUAAGAGUCUAGGAAUUCCUGUUAGAGGUGAAUGCAAGGGCUUGAAAGUUAUAUUGACAUCUCGCCUUUCUCAUGUCUGUAGUAGAAUGGGAGCUGAAAUUUUUGAGGUCGGUGCCUUGCCGAAGGAAGAAGCUCGGCAUCUUUUUAAAGUGGUUGUCGGAAUUUCUGAUGAUUCCACUUUGAGUGAUGUUCCAAACCAGGUUGCAGACGAAUGCAAAGGUUUGCCUCUUGCAAUCGUUGUUGUUGCCAAGGCAUUCAAGAGUAACCACACAACACCAGAAUCCUGGAAUAUUGCCCUUCGACAGCUAAAGAAGUACACAAUGAGAGACAUAGAAGGAGUUCAAGAUUUGGUGUUUUCAAGCAUUAUGUGGAGCUAUGAUCAUUUGGAAAGUGCUGAAGCUAAGUCGUUACUUUUGCUUUUCAGUUUGUUUCCCGAAGAUUAUAGUAUUCCACUUGAACGUUUAAAUGAGAGUGGCUGCGGCGAAGAGAGGUGGACAGGCGCUGCUGUUGACGGUGUACGAGCGAGGGCGACGGCUGAGCUGGUGAGCGACGGCGGCACGCCUCGUGCGUUGAAGCGGCAGUGGCGGAGGUUAGCUGAUGCAGUGGAGCUCAGCGGAGCAGGAGGGAGGCACGGCUGCCUGGCUGUGGAUCAAGGGGAGAGAGAGAGAUGGCCAGAAGAGCGGCGCGCGGAAUAG